UAUGAGGGUUUCAUUUCGAAAGUUGACGGAACGGAUCGUCGUGCUCGUGCUCAGCACGUGCGUGGUUUGCCUUCUCCUGCAGAACAGUAUGUUACAACAGUCAUACACGGGCUAUUUGAUUAUUCAUCAAACCAGUGGCGGUUCUUUUGCUGUGAGAUCGAGAAAAUAUUUAGAAUCAGACCAUGCAAUAACAAGAUCACAAGAUGAUGUUAAUAAACAGAACGAUACUGGAAACAGUUUGACAACCACCGCUACCCCAUACCAUGACACUUUGCUGCAAUGGCGCCAGUAUCAGAAAGAGGCUCUUGCAGUGUUUAUAUUGAGCGCCAUUGGUUCAAAUUUUACGUUACAACGAGGCUAUAAAAGAGAAAUCAAAUUAAAUGGUUGGGAGGGAAUGAAACAUAGGAACAUGAAGAUUAAGUGCUGUGUAUUGUGGAAUUCAAAUAAAUUUACAUAUUAUUUGGCUCCAGAGAAAAUUUACUGGAAGAAAAGCAGACUUCCGGCUACACAAUUUACAUGUCCAAUUAGAGGGCCGUUAAUAGAUGUAAGAGGGAUAACGCUAGAAUUUAGUAAGAAAAAAUGUCCAAGAGACGAAUCUGUGUAUAUCAAACCAUUUCUACCCAAGGUACAACCGAAACACUCGUUUGCAAUUUGUGUUAAAAUAGUCUAUGGUAACAUUGAUAUGAAGCUACUAGUUGAUUGGAUGGAAUUCUACCGGGAAAUGAAGGUGGAUAAGGUGUUUAUGUUUACAUAUAAUCUGACAAACAAUAUAGAAACUGUGUUGCAACAUUAUACAAAUAUUGGUUUCUUAGACAGAAGACAUUUUGAUUUUCCAUGGAAAAAAGAUGGACUUAUGAAACGAGAGGUAGGGGUGAAGUCGCCAAACGUUUGGCAGGAUGAGCAGGUUGUUGUGUUCGAUUGUUACCAGCGUCUCCAUGGUUAUACGUAUAUCGCCAUUGUUGACCUUGACGAGUUUCUGUUACCAAGGAGACACAAAGAUAUAAAAGGCAUGAUGAGAAAUUUAACUGAACAAUUUCCUAAAGCUGCCGGAUUUACAUUUAAGAGUUAUAUUUUCGCAAAAGACUGGAACAAAACAGUUACCACAAGUGGUUCUGAUAUUGUGCAAUAUUUACGAAGAACACCGGCGCUCUAUACGAGACAGAAAAAUGUCCUUAUUCCUGGCCGGAUCCGACCAGAUAGCAUCGACACACACGAGUUCGAGCCUUUGGAGGGUUACGAAAGAGUUACUGUACUGGAGACUACGGCAGCCAUUAAUCAUUAUCGCACGUGCUACUCAGACUUCCAGAGACUGUGCAAAAACAAGAAGAAACGAAUAUUUGACAAAACAAUAUUAAAAGUGGUUGAAAAAUUUCACAAUAGAACGUUAUGGAUAAAUGAUUUUAAAAAGUAGCAUUUUAUACGCUAGGGAAGAUUGUUGUCACCACACAAUUAUGCCAAUAUGGUAUAAUAAGAUUUUGAAAGAAAUAGCGUCGCAGACUGAAUUUCACAACGCGGACGUCUGUCCAAAUUCCAGGUCGGUGACAGUCGUAAGUAAUAAGACCGCUAUAAAGUACACAGAAUAUAACUGGGAUGUUUUAAAAGAAGGCAUAAUUAUAUGGUUAUCGUUGAACGGCAAGAAAAAGCGAACACUCCAUCCUGUUACUACAUCUUUUCUGGAAGGCUUCAAGACCUGACGAAAUUUUUCUUACAGCUUCAUCAUUGUUUACACAUAGUACGAUUUUUUGCCCUAACUCUUAGUACUACAAAUGGAAUUCUGCUUUUUUUCUCUCAGAUGUCAUAUUGUAUUCAGUAUUCUUUAACGUACCGAUUGUAAGCUUCAGUCACUAUAUAUACAUGUACUGUGAAAAUUGCGACGGAUAUUUAUCGGUCAAUAGUGCCACGUCAUUCAAGCGAUCAUAAGGUACCGUUCAAAGAAAUCUUGUGGCACUUUCGGUCGAUAGUUGCUGAUCAGUGAUGUCACGCGAUACUUGCAGAAAGUUCUUUCAAAUGGUAUUUGCAGUCGCUGAUUAUCAGCAAGUUAUGUCAAAUGAUAUUGACAGUCGCUAGAACUGCAUAGUUACCGAUCAGUAAUGUCAAAUGAUACUAGCUGUCGCAAGGUACCAAUCACUUAUGCCAAAAGAUCUUUGCAGUCUCUAGUUACCGAUAAGUGAUGUCAAAUGAAACUUGCAGUCACACUUUAGUUACAAAUUAGUUAUGUCAAAUGAUAUUUACAGCCUCUAGUUACCAAUAAGAGAUGUCAAAUGAUACUUGGAGUCGCUAGUUAUUGGUCAGUGAUGUCAAAUGGUGCAUGCGGUCGAUAGUUACCAGUCAGUGAUGUCAAUGAUACUUUUACUCGAUAGUUCCGAUCAAUGAUGUCAUAUGAUACCUGCAGUCAAAUUAUACUUACACUCGCUAGAUGCCGAUCAGUGAUUUCAUAUCAUACUUUCAGUCGCUAGUUACCGAUCAAUGAUGUCAAAUGCUAUUUGCAGUCGCUAGUUACCGAUCUAUGAUGUCAAAUGAUACUUGCUGUCGCUAGUUACCGAUCUGUUUAGUCAAAUGAUAUUUGCAGUCGCUAGUUACCGAGUUACCGAUCGGUGUAGUCAAAUGAUACCUGUAGCCGCUGGUUACCGAUCAGUGAUAUCAAAUGAUACCUGUAGUCGCUAGUUACCGAUCAUUGUAGUCAAAUGAUACUUGCAGUCGCUAGUUACCGAUCAGUGUAGUCAAAUGAUACCUGCAGUCACUAGUUACCGAGUUACCGACCGGUGUAGUCAAAUGAUACCUGCAGCCGCUAGUUACGGAUCAGUGAUGUCAAAUGAUACUUGCAGCCGCUAGUUACCUAUCGGUGCAGUCAAACGAUACAUGUGGCCGCUUGUUACCGAAUAGUGAUGUCAAAUGAUACUUGUAGCCGCUAGUUACCGAUUAGUGUAGAGUCGCUAGUUACCGAUUAUCGAUGUCAGAUGAUUCACGCAGCUGCUAGUAACAAACCAUAAAGGCAGGCAGUACUUACCUACUUAUCAAGUCACAACGGAUAUUUACCAAUUAAAUCGCGAUUGGCCUUCACCGAUUUGUGAUAUCACGUGGCAGUUACGAUCUAUAUUUACCGACCAGUGAUGUCAUGUGAUUUUUAGCUCGACUAUACGAAGUAUAAGGAGAGCUAUCCUACUCGCCCCAGCGUCGGCGUCGGCGUCGGCGUCUUUCCGCGUCCCCACCUUGGUUAAAGUUUUGGUGCACUUUCUCCUUUUUCAACUUAUCUCUGUAAUUACUCGAUGGAUUUGAUUCAAACUUGAAAUACUUAUUCCUCAUCAUCAUCCACAUUAUCUGACAUAAGGGCCAUAACUCUAGCACCAAUAUUUCAUGAAUUAUCCCCCUUUUUCACUUAGAUUUUCAGGUUAAAGUUUUGGUGCACUUUCACUCUAUCUCUGUUAUUACUGAAUGGAUUUGAUUCAAACUUAAAAUAGUUGUUCAACAUCAUCACCCACAUCAUAUGACACAAGGUGCAUAACUCUGCCACCAUUUUUUCAUGAAUUAUUCCCCCUUUUUACUUAGAAUUUUAGGUUAAAGUUUUGGUGCACUUUCACUCUGUCCCUGUUAUUACUGAAUGGAUUUGAUUCAAACUUAAAAUAAUAGUUCAACAUCAUCACCCGCACCAUAUGACGCAAGGUGCAUAACUCUGGCACCAAUGUUUCAUUAAUUAUUCCCCCUUUUUACUUAGAAUUUUAGGUUAAAGUUUUGAUGCACUUUCACUCUGUCUCUGUUAUUACUGAAUGGAUUUGAUUCAAACUUAAAAUAGUUGUUCAACAUCAUCACCCACACUAUAUGACACAAGCUGCAUAACUCUGGCACCAAUAUUUAAUGAAUUAUGCCCCUUUUUGCUUAGGAUAUACUUAUAUAGUGUUUGAUACAUUUUAUCUUUACCUCUCUUAUUACUUUAAGUUGAUAUUUUUGACAUAGACACAGGCUAUUGUGCAAUAUCUUCAUCCACAAUUGGAGUCAUUUAACACCCCAGUGACAGCUCUAGUUUCCUCAGAUGUGCCCAGUUCCACUAUCCAGCAUCAAAAUAGUCGAGCGCGCUGUCUCCUGUGACAGCUCUUGUUACGGGUAUCAUUCAAUGACAUCACUUGAUAUUUAAGAAAUGAAAUGAUUUUUUUUUCGGUGUUCAUUCGCUAGCGGUUCAUGUUUAAUUUGCCGAUCCUAUUCUGUCGUUCAUUUCGCAUGAACAUCGAAAAAAAUAGUUUCAUUUCUUAUAUUUACAUUUUAUUUCCUUUCCAUUUGUAAUUAAAUUAAACAAAAUAAUAUUAUAAAUUCCACAUAUUUCGUGGCAUUUAACAUUAAAACCAGCUUCCCGGCCAUUCUGUUCACCAGACGGAACAACUGCGACGUCAUCUAAGGAACGUUCUCCCAGAACUACACGUAACGCGGACGUCGUCAAAACAACGGUCGAUUAUCCCUAAGCAGCGAUGACGUAACUUUCUUUUCCUUUUGCUGUUUAUACGAAAUGAACGUCAUAAUUUUCAAUGGAAAAGAAUAGGGCGAAUGUAAAUAUUUGUGAUUAAUAAUUGUUCCUCUUAAUUGAGGCGACUAUCUGACUGAACACGCCCCGCGGAUUACAUACCGUAUUACUAAACCCGAGGAUGGAAAAGAUGUCAAACAUCUUAUUUGUUUAAAGGUUAACAUACAUCGUUACUAAAAAAAUACCUUCGAAUGCAUGGUCAAUAUGUGAAAACAAACCCCACUUCGACCCUCUAAUUGUGCGAAACAAAUUCACGCAUCGAAUGGUACUCUACAUGUGGACUGACCGGGUCAAUGUUUUUAGCCAGUGUUUCUUAAUUGCCGUAUUUACUCUUAAUUGCCGUAUUUACUCAACUGAAAGUGGUAACGGAUUUACCUUGUUGUAGGAUUCAACAACUUACAUGUAUGUUAGCGUAAAUACUUUGGAAAUAGCGGACUUGACAUUUUUCGGUAGUAGAAAACAACAUUCUUUUUCAAAAUUCUAGUUAUUUUGUAUUUGGUACAGAAAUAAACGCACCCUUGGUGCAAGAUGUAACGCCAUCGGGGGCGUUUAAACGCGGGGAUACGGAAUGUCAAUAAGGUAGAAUGGGUCUUGUCCUUGUGUCCGAUCCUGGGGUUCCACACACUGAUGACCAAUAUUUAAAACAGACAUUGCAACCAAAAUUUUACAAGAUUAUCAUCAUAUAUUUAUAUUGAUGUGCCCUAGAAGGAACUUUUGCUCUGCGUUAUCUUGUUUUAAUACUAUUAGUAAGGUAACGUACACGUUUCGUAAAUCUUACAACUUCUACUUUCUGACCAGUGAGCUCUUAAACAUUUGUUACUGACUAUUGUAAUUUCAAUUUGUUGAAGCGGUGUUUUAAUAAUUCAAUUAUUUUGCUUACAUUAUAAUGUACGUAAGGAAAAAUGCAAUGAAAUUUAUGUUAUUUGCUUAUAUUCUUAUACAUCCGAAGGACAGCAAAAGGUCAAGAUUAGAAUGACCUUCAGACUGGAAAAAGUUUUAGAUCAAUAACUGGAGAAAGUUUGGACCUAUAUGAUCAACCUUCAAAGAAUGAUUGCCUGUGGUCAGUAUAGGUGACCCUAAAUUCAAAAGGUCAAAGGUCAAAUGUGAAUGUGUCAAAUGUCAAUGUGACAUUGAAACUAAAUGGUUUCUCAGAAAUUGCUGGAGAAUGCUUAUGCAUAUUGUCAUCAUUCUUCAUAGAGUUAAGCCAAUAGUCAGUAGAUGACCCUUGUUGUUUAAAUUUGUUCAUUAAUUUUUUAUGCUCAAAAACCACCCACGUCAGAUGAAAGCAGUUACCUCCGUCUGCCAUCAUCUAGAUUACCCACGACAUAUUAAAUCAGCAAACUAUUACAAUAACAAACAUCAUGCUAUCAGCCGAUAAAAAAGAAAUAGUUAAAAGUGUUACCGUCUUGGGCCAUUUUUCACAAAAUAUAGUGUCAGUUAAUACACAGUCCUCUAUAAGUUAACCUUUCGCCUGCUGCAGGCAAGUGGUUCAGCUUUUGCGACCAGUGCAGACCAUGAUCAGCCUGAUCAUGGUCUGCACUGUUCGCUAUACAGUCAAUAAAUUUUCAUUGAAUAUCCCUUCAAAUAAUAAUGUUACUGUCCAAACUGAAUAAUGGACCAGUCCAUUUUAGAAAUUUAGCAGGCUAAAGGUUAAGGAAGACAAUGUUAGCCUGCUUUGCCUUUGCAAACCAAGAUCAGCCUGCACAUCCGUCUGCAAUGUCAGUAAUGUCUGCAAUGUCAGUAAAUUUUCAGUGAACAUCCCUUUGAAUAAUAACUGGUACUGCCCAAGUUAAAUUUUGAGAAAAUAUUAUUCCUUUGCCAAGAUAGUUGGGCGCAUCUUUGAUGAGUAUAGGUCAAUUCUCAGCCAACCGGGGUGGGGUGGGGUGGGGGGGGGGCACGAGCCCCCUCGGCACCCCUCUGGAUCCGGGCCUGCUAUGACGUCAUAGUGUAUGAGCGAUUUAUAAUUUAUUAUAUCUUAUUUAUAAUAUCAGCGGUAGGCAAUAAAAAUGAUCUAAUAUGACUGUCAGAGUAAAACAGCUGUUUACCCAACUCCUUGGACAGACAGGCAAACGGACGCUUUUCAACGCCAUAAGCUAUAUCGUUACACUUUUGCUCAGUAGGUACAAUGGUAGUCCAACUCGUGACAUAAUUAUCACUUUCAUUUCAUUUCAGUCUGACAUUACGUCCAGCUCGGCCACGUCUGAAAACAGGCGUAAUCAUUAGUGAUUAACAUCCGAACAUAAAUUAUAGGCUUCACAGUAUGAACAAUGAAAUAAAUAUAUUUAAUUUGCUGUAGGUAAUGCAUUUAUCUCGUGAACAGACAAGUUAGUUGACAUGUUCUGCAUAAAAAUGUAUUACACAAAAAGAAGCACAAAAAUAAAUUUGCUAUUCAGAAAUAGUUUUCUUUUCGCCAUUAAAUCAUCACUAUGUUUGCAAUCAUGCUUGAAAGACUGAAGUACGCAGAUUUUAGACAGACCGUCAGGGGAGGUAACGAGAGUCGCGCAUUGGGACAAGUACGGCACCGCGCUUUAACCUUUGUACUAGGCAGUAAGUUUUCUACCAACAAAGUAAAUUGGAGUUAUUAUUUUUAUAUCGAUGCCAAUUUUGACAUCUAGACCAUUUAGAAAAUAAUAUUUUGUAUCUAAAAUAAUGAUCUAAACGAAAGUCUUCACAAGUUUGCUAUUCACAAACCGGGAGGUGGUGUAACAUCGAUAUAGCUUUAAUUCUGUUUAAAAUUCAGGGAUGCGUUGAAUGAUGGAAUAUAUUCUCUUCCAUUUAAGUACACUCUUGUAAUGUAAUAUUGCAGGUACUUUGCAUCAAAACCAAAGUUGUAGUUAAACUGUACAGAUAUAGCGUCAUCAAGUUUAGUUAUGUAAAACAUUAGGCAACCAACUUCCAUUUAGUUUGACAGUAUGCCUAAUCAUUAGGCAGAACAAUAUUUUAGAAAUGCACAUGAAGAAAUACAUACCAGUUCAUCAGUGGACCAGUUCAUUUUCUAUGCCCAUCUCUUUAAUGAUACAUCCAUUAUGUGCUUCGACAUUUUUGCCACAUUUAUAUCAGAAAUAAAAAAGUCUGUCUUUUC